AUGGGGAAAAUCACAUUUAAAGAUAUCAUGACACAAGAUAAAUUUUCUAAACAACGCAUGCUUAAGCUUGAACAACUUAAUAUUAAACAAAAGUUCAAGCUUCAACUGCACAAUCUUGAACAAGAGUACAAUCUUAAACAAGAGUCCAAGCUCCAACAACACAAUCUUGAACAGGAGCACAAUCUUGAACAAGAGUACAAUCUUAAACAAGAGUCCAAGCUCCAACAACACAAUCUUGAACAGGAGCACAAUCUUAAACAAGAGUCCAAACUCCAACAGCACGAUCCUGAACACAAGUUCAAGCUUCAACAGCACAAUCUUGAACAAGAGUUCAAGCUUCAACAGCACAAUCUUGAACAAGAAGCUCGAGAUUCAAGUGUUUCAAACGCCUCCUAA